AUGAGUACUUUCGGUCGCUUCGUGGGCUGUUCAGAACUGGUGCCGUUUCUACUGCUAGCUAUUCUAAGCAUCACAAGUGCCCAACAAUGCACCCUACCGGAUAAUACGGCCGGCCAAUGUAUACUGCUGCGCGACUGUAAUACCCUGUUGACGCUGAUCAAGAAAAAACCACUGCCGGAUGCCGACCGGAUGUAUCUACAGCGGACACAGUGCGGUUGGUCGACGGCGGACAACCAUCCGCUGGUGUGCUGUUCCGAUGGUGGGCUGGUCGCACCGGUUCGCGUUGGUGCCGGACUGUUGCCAACACCGGGACAGUGCGGUAUACAGACGAGUGAUCGUAUCUUUGGCGGUGUAAAUACACGCAUUGACGAAUUCCCGUGGAUAGCGCUGCUGAAGUAUGCGAAACCAAAUGACGUUUUCGGGUUCCACUGUGGCGGUGUGCUGAUUAACGAUCGCUACGUCCUUACCGCUUCGCACUGCGUCAACGGCAAAGACAGUGCGGAAGUUCGGCUCGGUGAAUGGGACACCUCUACGGCACAGGAUUGUGAAGGGCUGGGCGAUGACGUGGACUGUUCGCCACCACCAAUAGACGUCCCCAUCGAGGGCAAAAUACCUCAUCCCCAAUACGUACCAACAUCGACCGAACAGUACAACGACAUCGCACUGCUUCGGUUACAAUAUUCUGUGCCGUAUUCGGACUUCAUCAAACCAAUCUGUCUGCCUACACAGCCCGAACUGAAGGUACGGGAUUACGUUGGACUCCGGAUGCAGGUGGCCGGUUGGGGCCGUACAGCCACCGCACGGUACAGCAAUGUCAAGCAGAAGGUAGCCGUCGACGGGGUGUCGCUGGAUGCGUGCAAUAAGGUGUACCAGCGCGAACAGGUGCUGUUGCGCCAAUCGCAGCUCUGUGCUGGUGGUGAAGCUGGCAAGGAUUCCUGCCAGGGUGAUUCCGGUGGCCCGCUGACGGGCACUCAUACGACCGGCGGUGUGCAACACUGGUACCUGAUUGGGUUGGUAUCGUUCGGGCCGACCCCGUGCGGGCAGGCCGGUUGGCCCGGAGUUUACACGAAGGUUGACCAGUACGUAGACUGGAUCACUGCCACGAUUGUCGCUUAA